GAGAGAAGGCGAAAUGUGCUUGCGAUCUCGAAUAAAUAUAGUGCCGAAGUCGAGUUGUAGCCGUAGCGUACGCGCGGGCUGCAGCUUUUCGAAUUCGCGCCGGGAGCUUGCGGCGGUCUCGUGCAGCGCGCGGUGCCCAGUGCUCAGUGCUCUCCCGACCUCCUGCACAGCUGCCAUCGUCCGGCAUGCCGUCGCAGCCGCUUCCCAUGUGCGGCCGCAACUGGUCCCUCGCGAUCGGGCUGCUCUGUCUGCUGCUCGCCGACGGGACGGAUUCCAGGCUGUUUGGAUUCGGCCCAGCGGCCCCGCACGGCAACGCUUCGAGGAAUUUCCAAGUCUACUGGAAUGUUCCGAGCUUCAUGUGCCACAAGUACGGCAUGAACUUGGAGCAAGUGUCGAAGAAGUUUGGCAUCCUGCAGAACCAGAAGGACGAAUUCAGAGGCGAUAAGAUCGCCAUUCUCUACGACCCCGGCGACUUUCCCGCUCUGCUGAAGGACGGGAAAACCGACGACAAGAUUCUCCGGAGAAACGGCGGCGUGCCCCAGGAGGGCAACCUGAGCCUCCACCUCGACUACUUUCAUCGCCACCUGAUCGAGCAGAUUCCCAACGCCAGCUUCUCCGGCAUCGGCGUCAUCGACUUCGAGAGCUGGCGGCCGAUCUUCCGUCAGAAUUGGGCCUCGCUGCAGAUCUACCGCGACUACUCGAUCGACUUGGAGCGCCAGCGGCAUCCAGCCUGGAGCCAGAAGGCCCUGCAGCUCGAGGCCAGCGAGAGGUUCGAGAGGGCCGGGAAAUCAUUUAUGCAGAGGACGCUGGAACUAGCGCAGAGGCUCCGGCCCAAGGCCUCCUGGGGCUACUACGCCUACCCGUACUGCUUCAACAUGUCGCCGAACCAGCCGGGAUCUCAGUGCUCGCCGAAGGUCGUCGAAGAGAACGACGCAAUGUCGUGGCUCUUUGGGAACCAGAAGAUUCUCCUGCCGUCGCUCUAUCUUCAGCACAAGCUCACUCCACAGCAAAGGGUGGCCCUCGCCCGGGGUAGAAUCACGGAGGCCGUCAGACUCGCGAGAAAAUCGCCCGCCAAGGACGUCAAGGUCUUGGCUUACUACUGGUUCAAGUUCCAAGAUCAGCACGACAGUUUCGUCGAAUCGCGGGACCUCGUCAACACUUUCAACGAAAUAGCCAAGCGUGGCGCCGACGGCAUCAUCAUUUGGGGUAGCUCAGACGACUUUAACACCAAGAGCAAAUGCCUGGCUUUCCAGACGUAUCUCGACAAGACUCUUGGUCCGUCGGUCCAGCGUGUGAGACAGCAGUUUAGCGCUCGCGAUGUCUCGCCGGAGCAGCUCCCAGCGCGCGCGCGCGCGCGCGCUUGCCCAACAUCUCGCUGCGCGAUGGAGCCGCCGUCGAGGAGAAAAAAAUCCAAAGGCUCAGCUCGCACCUUUGAAAUUUAUUGUAAUAGCAACGGCGCGCUCGAUCAUAUCCCUCUCUCCGUCUCUCCAGCAGUUCCAGCUCUCCGCUGUGUUCUAUCCGCACAGCACGGCGGCGCAUCUGGCGCGCGCUCGGAGAACCAGUUGGCCGAGAGCGCUCUCCUCCUCGUUUUUCAGCUCUUCCCCGCGCGUCGCGUACGUCGUCCUCUCCCUGUCUACGGACGCGGCCUACACACACAGACACACACAGACACACACAGACACACACAGGCGCGCGCGCGCGCGCAGCGAUCGCACUUGAUCGGGGCAAUCGCGUGUCGCGCGCGCCGAGGUCGAGGAAAAAACCGGCAUGCUGCACACCUAUACAACGGGACGAGGCUGGAAUCGGCCAACAUGGGACUACUCGGCAAUUUCGGCACGUCUCUGACGCUCCUGUUGGCGCACCUGAGUCUCCUGCGAGCUCACCGCGAGCACAAGGUGCACAACAUCGUCCUGUACCCCGACAAGGAGAGCUGGUGCAAGACCACGCCGAUCAAGCAGGUCGUCACCUGGCCCCAGUGCUCCUCCCAGGAGCUCGACAACAACGUCUGCGUCGGCGCCUGCUUCUCCUACAUGGUGCCCCACAGCGAGCCCUCGGCGCCGGGCGACCUCAUCCGGCCCUACUGCGACUCCUGCCAGCCGCUCGACAGCAUAUGGCACACGGUCACGCUCGACUGCAAGGACAAGGACGACAACCCGACGACGAUGCAGAAGAAGGUGCAGAUAAUAACCAACUGCUCGUGCAGCUCGUGCAUGGAGUCGUCGCGCAUCAAGCCGGACUUUAACAGCCUGCUCCAGUCGCUCGAGCUCGAGUCGAGCCGCCUGAGCGGCCAGCAGCAGCAGCAGCAGCAGCAGCAGCAGCACCACCACCACCACCACCACCAGCAGCCGAACCAGCAGCCGAACCAGCAGCAGGCCCCGCCGACGCAGCGGGAGCUGCAGGAGUCCGAGGGCCCGGCCUCGCCGGCGCCGGAGCCCGCCUCGGCCGCGGCCGCGGCUCCGGCCAGACUGGCGCCGGUCCCGCCGGCGGCCGGCGAGCCGAGCGAGGCGCCGCCGCCGGACGGCUCGACGGGCCCCGCCGUCUCGGGACUGCACGAGACGCCCGACCUGCUGCUCGAUCCGAACCUCCGGGGCUCGGCGGCCGGCAGGCCGGCCCUGGGCCCCAAGGCCAACGAGCGGCUCAUGCAGCUCUUCAAGCAGCUCAAGGAGCCCGGCCUCGCCGGCGCCGCCGGCCUCGAGAGGCUCAGCAAGCUCAAGGGCCUGGAGAAGCUGGAGAAGCUCGAGAAGCUGGCCACGGAGAACCCGACGGCCAAGGAGUUCCUGGCCAAGCUGAGCGAGCUGCUGCACAAGUACAGCAACCAGGACGAGCUCGAGCCGCUGGACAACGACGAGGACGGCUCGGAGGACCUGCUGCGGCUGCCCUCGGGGCCCCCGCCGGCGGGCCCGGCGCCGGCGCUGCCCGAGCUCCACAAGGACGAGGACGACGAGGAGGUGCCCUCGCUGCAGGACCAGCAGCUGCGCGUCGCCGCGUCGCUGCUCCACCGCACCGGGCCCCACCACUCGCUCGUCCUCGACUCGGGCGUCAAGGAGAAGAUCGACGUCGAGUCGCACUACCUGCACCCGGCUCUGGCGGGCCAGGAGAUCAGCUACAACGACAACGCCCUGCUCGCCGCGGACAAGGCCAAGAAGAAGGGCUUUUGAGCCUCGCGCGCGCUCGGGCGGCAGAGAGUUACCAGAAUCUGGCCCAACGGCAACUGGCAUAAGUGCGCUCGAUCGGCAUUCGUCGGAUCACGGGGCAUCGGGGGCGAGCGCGUCGCGACUCGGCGGAACAGACUGCUGCGCGUGUCCGCGUAGCCUUCUAGAGAGAGAGAGAGAGAGAUAGAUAGAUAGAUCUUUAUUUUGCUCAAAGCAAAGAACAAUACAAUUCGUUUUGAGAUCACAUAAGACUGUGUCUCAUACAAACUAACAAAGAGAAUAUUAAAAUAUAAUUACAGCAUUUUAGAAGGUAAAAUUGCUUGUCCUACACAGAUUAAAAUAUAAUACUUUGGUAAAAAUACCAUCACAAACAAUCACAUUUAGUCAUAUUAAAUCACACAAUAAACCUUUCUAACUUUACGCUGUACACGUGAGAGAGGGAAAUUCAAUUUCCCAUCGAAAACGAAGGAGGUGGCCGUCAUUGGUACCGGCGGCAAGCAACGACAGUGCGGCUUGGAUAUGAAUUCGUUUCUAGAUCGUUUGAGGUGAUGUCGGUAAUUUGUAAAACUACGUCACCACAACCGUGUGUACUUACGAAGAGCCCCCUCGUACAGCGGGGACGGCCUAUACUGGAUGUAUGCGCGCCGAGUCACUAAAAUAUGCUUUCGUACUUUCUACGAUAAUGUCCAUUGUAUAGAUUGUUUCUCUCUCAAGUUUUUACCUAUACACGGGCGCCUAACAAAAUAGAGAUAAAAAAUUAAUAUAUUCACCACGUAUACAUAUAUAAAGUAACAAGGAAAAACGCUUUCACGAUAUAUCGCCAAUGUAUAAAACGAACGAGUCACAAAAGCUCCGAUCCGCUCAGAACGUACACGAGCUAUUGUAUGUGUUUCUGAUGCGAUGAACCCACUGUUGAUUAUUAUUUACGCAAUAAAAAGCGAUGAAACGUUAA